UGCUCUUAUUCUUAUUCCAUUGUGAAGUAAACAAGUGAGCGAGAGCGAGAGCGAGCUUCUCCAAAUUCAGAUCAAAAUGUCGAAGGAAACUCGAAGCUCGAGUCGAAGAAACCCUCAAAACGAAACGAACGAGAACGAAUUGGAACCGUGGCUGAACCCUGUAAACUUUCCACCUCCUCGAACCCCUCUGAACUCCAUACCAGAUCCCUCUCAGUAUCAGGAACCCGAACCUGCUCGACCCGCUCGGUUCGGGAAUGCCACUCCCAGGAUUUCCGGUAGGAUCGGGAAGCCCUACUCUGAACCUAGCUCGGCGCAGAGCACGCCGUCAAGGAACACUCCCAGGGUUUCCCUCGGCGGAGGAAGAGGAGCGAGUUCGUGCGCGUUGCUCAAGGACACCGAAUUCUGCGUCCAGGUUCCGCAUUUCGAGCUCAAAGACGACCCGUCGUUCUGGACCGAUCACAACGUGCAGGUGCUAAUUAGGACUCGGCCGUUGAGUAAUAAGGAGAAGUUCUCGCAAGGGCACGGUAGGUGUUUGAAGCAGGAAAGUGCGCAAACUUUGGUCUGGCUUGGUCAUCCUGAAACCAGAUUCACCUUUGAUCAUAUAGCCUGUGAGACCUUAUCUCAGGAAAACCUGUUCAGAGUUGUUGGAGUGCCCAUGGUGGAGAAUUGUUUGUCCGGUUACAAUAGUUGUAUGUUUGCUUAUGGUCAGACAGGUAGUGGCAAAACAUACACGAUGAUGGGUGAGAUUAAGGAAACAGAAGGAUACCUUACGGAAGAUAGUGGGAUAACACCAAGAGUUUUUAAUUAUUUGUUUACGAGGAUUAAAGCGGAAGAAGAGAGCAAGCAGGACUACAGGCUGAAAUACAGUUGCAAGUGUUCCUUUUUGGAGAUAUACAAUGAGCAAAUAACUGAUCUUCUUGAACCUUCAUCAACUAAUCUGCAACUCAGAGAAGAUCUGAAGAAGGGGGUAUAUGUUGAAAACCUCACUGAACAUAGUGUGGUCACAGUUUAUGAUGUUCUCAGGCUUUUGUUACAGGGCACUGCAAAUAGAAAGGUGGCAGCUACUCAUAUGAACUGUGAAAGCAGUCGGUCUCACAGUGUUUUCACUUGUAUUAUUGAAAGCCAAUGGGAGAAAGAUUCUAUGACUCACUUUAGGUUUGCUAGGUUAAAUUUAGUAGAUUUGGCUGGUUCUGAAAGGCAGAAAAGCUCUGGAGCAGAUAGUGAACGUUUGAAAGAAGCAGCAAAUAUAAACAAAUCCUUGUCAACGCUCGGCUUGGUUAUAAUGACUUUGGUGGACUUAGCCCAUGGGAAGCCUAGGCAUGUUCCUUACAGAGAUUCAAGACUUACAUUUCUUCUUCAGGAUUCUUUAGGUGGAAAUUCAAAGACAAUGAUCAUUGCAAAUGUCAGCCCAUCCAUUUGCUGCGCUAACGAAACGCUAAGCACUCUGAAGUUUGCUCAGCGAGCCAAGCUCAUUCAAAACAAUGCAAAAGUGAAUGAAGAUGCUUCUGGUGAUGUAAGUGCACUGCAGUGGCAGAUUCAACAAUUGAAGGGUCAACUGUCCUUUCUGAUGAACAAUAAAAAUUUUCCAACCUCUAUAUCAAAUAUACAGCAAAAUUCUGAAAGUUGUAUGUUGAGUGAAGUGUCAGAAGGAUAUGAGAUUUUGGGGGAAAGAGUAAUAACAGGUCACAAUCUACUUAUUCCAAGCAAAGAGGUUAGACAAAGGGAAGAGGACAUUCAACAUACUUCAAGCAUGCUGAGGCAUUAUAAGGAGAAAAUUAAACAACUUGAGUUAUUGGUAGAUGGGAAACUGUCAGCUGAGACGUAUCUCAUGGAGGAAAACAGGGCUUUACAGGAGGAGAUUCAAUUGCUUAAAGUGAUUAUUGAUAAAAAUUCAGAAUCAUCCAGAGUAUCUUUGGAGAAUGAUAGACUUUUGCAACAGCUCCUACAAUACCAAAACUUCUAUGAGCAUGGAGAGCGGGAAAGAUUGCUGACUGAAAUAUCUGAAUUGCGUGAUCAGCUUCUUGUCCAUCUCCAAGGAAAAUUUACACUCCCCAUGAAAAAUGAAAACCAGGAUAUUGAUACUGCACAAGACUUAGAAGAGUGCCAGAAUAUGAAUUCUAAAUUACUUAGAGAAGUAGGUAAAUUACAAGCAGAACUGGGAAAAUAUUUGAACUACAAUCAAGUUAAGUCUAAUGCUGUUCUGAAUUCUUCUUCUGAGCAUUCUGAUGAAGUUCUAAAGACAGAUAAAUGUUCAUUGGUUGAGACAAUAUCUGUGAGAAGUGAUUCGGGGGAUGAAAUUCGGUCGUCCACAUGGGAAGCUAAUGAUGCUUUAGCAAGUAUGAUCGAAGGGAAUGCAUUGGGAGCCUCAGUAAUGCUUGCUAAAGAUAAUGAUUAUAAAAACAAUAAAGAGUUAGAGGCCAAAUUGGAAAAAAUGAGCAAGGAUCUUGAAGAAGCGAGGUUACUUAAUGACCAAUAUCAAGAGAAAUGGGCAUUACAGUUAUCUCAGAAACUGCAGAUUGAAACAGUCUGUCAAGAGGUUGAGAUGGAGACAACCAGUACAAUUCUUCAUUUACAGGAAGAGGUUGCCCAUCUUCAGUCAGAGUUUGAAGAGAGGCUGUGCACCAUUACUCAAGAAAAUGCAGAGCUAAGAAAUAUGAUUGCAGAAAAAGAAGAGGAGAUUAGGACACGGUGUUUGGACUGGGAAAAGGCAAUCUUUGAACUGACAACCUUUCUUCUAGAGGGCUCCAGAUCUCUCAAAGAUGCCUGUGGUCAGGUAAAAAGUAUUUCUUGUUCAUUUCCCCAGGUCAAUGCUUGGAUUAGCGAUCAUGUUGACAUGGCUGUCAAAAAGUAUAUUGAAAAGGAAGAAACAAUUCAGCAGCUACAAAGUAGUUUGGAGGGUGCUCAGAAGAUGGUAUUGGACAUGGAGCUGAAAAUAAGUUCCUUAAAGGAAGCAACUGUAACCUUAAAUGCAUUUCAACAGGUAGACAACAAUGAAAGCAUUGAGGAGGCAGCUCAGUUGCGAGUGUUGUUAAAUGAGAAGACCAAUAUGAUAAGAAUGCUGGAAAAUGAAAUAAAUUGUAAAAGCAAUAAACUUUGUAACGUAACUAAACAAGCCGAUGCUGCAUUCCUUGUAGCAAAAUGGCUUUUGGAAAGUUAUAAUGUUGCUCACAUGAAUGGUGACGUUCAAGAUAUUUCCAUUCCUAAGCUUGGUGUGCAUGCCAGACUGGAAAGUCGUACUAUUUCUGAGAAUCAAGAUGUUGAAAAUAAUUUGAUACUGAAUGAUCUUAUGGCUCAAAUUGAAUUAACUAAACUAGAGAUACUGGAGAUGGAAAAUGCUGUAAAAGCUGGUUUUGUUGAUACAGAAACACAGACAGAAGCUUUCCAAACUAGUGUUUCAGGUCUUUAUUCUGCUUACAGGGACUUGAUUCAGGGCAUGGUCAAAGAAACUCAGGACACGAGGAAAGAAAUAAGGGAUUUAAAGACGUAUCAUAGAUGUUCUGAGGUUUAUACAGUAGACUCCUUAAAAUCAAAUGCAAAUAAAUCUCAGGAGUUUGCAAACCAGCGUCACACACUGCAUCAGAUAAAAGAACAACUUGUUGAAGUGAAUAGAAGAUUGAAUAUCAUAGAGAAUUUUAUUAGCACAGAAGAUGUGUCUAGCUUUCAACUGGUGGAUGAAGCUGUCAUAGAUGCUGAUGAGUUGAGCACUGAUAGUUCUUCGGUCUCUGAUUUAUCAUCUGAAACUGACAGCUUUGCUUCUGGAAGCAAGUCACAAGGAUCCACACAUACUUGCCCCUUUAAUUUCCCUGGAAAAAUAACUGAACCAAUGGUACACCUAAAAUCUGAAAGAUGCACUGUAAUUCAAUCUGAUGAUGAUUGUGGAUCAUCAUAUACAGAAAGGCCAGUGGAAAGGCCAAUCCAUAAUGAAGCAGCAAUGUCAUGUCUGAGUAAAGAAUUAAAUGUCAUAUAUGAUGGUUUUAAAGGACUGUAUCUUUGUUUUUCUGCACUUGUCAAUGAAAUGGAUGAUAGAUCCUGUUCUUAUGCAAAAGAACUGAAAAAUGAGGCUCCAUCUUUCCAGUUGAAGAUGCAGAAAGAUGAAGAAGGUUGUGAGAACGACAACGAGGUAUUGAGCUGUGGGGAGUUUAUGCCUGAUAGUGGCUUCUUAACCAAAUUUAUGGAAGCUCAUGCAACAGUGAAGGAAGCUGAUCUCACGCUACAUGCCUUGACAAAAGCAUUUGAAGAGUCAAAACAGUUGACUGCUAUGUGGAAGCAGGCUGGUGAGAACUUGAUGACUGAGAGAGAAAGCUUGGCAGAAGAGAUUAAAAAACUCAAAUCUUCAAUUUGUGAUAAAGAAAAAGAGAAUCAAUUACUAAAAGACCACAUCCAUUUCAGUUUGAUUGAGAUGACAAAUUCAGUUUCUAUGCUAGAAGGGCGUUUCUUGCAAAUGCAAACUGACAUGGAGAAGAAAUUCAUGGAAAUGUAUUCUGAUGUUCUUCAGAUGGGGCAGGAGAUGCUACACUUUACAAACAGGCUGAGGUCAUCGUUAGAAGAUAUUUGCUCUCAGAUGGUGGAUGAAGGGUUUGUAUCAUUUGUUCUGUACAAUUGCUGUGUAACAAAGCUUGUCAGUAAGUUUGCCUGCAUUACUGUGAACCAUGAUUUGCAAUCAGCUAGGGAAGGGGAAUUGCAUAAUUUGCUAAAGAUUUGCUCUUGUGUUGCUGAACCUGUAAUUAGUACAGGUAAUGAGGGUAUAAUGAAAAGAGAUGAAUGCGUGUUAAUCCAAAAGGUGCAAGAGGAGCCAGACUUGCCCAGUGUCCAAAUGUUAUAUGAAAAUAUGGCUCUUACAAAAGAGUUAGAGAGGAAACAAGAGUUAUUAGAGGGUUUACUUUUUGAUUUUAGGCUGUUGCAGGAAUCAGCUUCUAACAGCAAGGAUAUUAAGGAUCACACUGAAAAGUUAAUAUUUUCUCUAAGCCAGGUUCGGUAUGAGCUAGAGAUUAAAGCAAGUCAGCUUGAUGAUUUACUGAUUCAAAACAGAAAACUUGAAGGUUCUCUUGCUGACACUGAGAAGGCCUUAACUACAUCAAAUUAUGAGCUUAAGGUUGCUAAAGAAUCAAUUGAGAAACUUUCGAAUCAAAAUGUGGAGUUAAGGGAGCUUCUGAAAGAAUUAUACACCAACAAAACUGAAGUUGAAGGACAAUUGGAUGAACAUAAAGAGGUGAUUAAAGGUUUGGAAAAAGAAAUUGCUAAUUUGACAGCUUCACUGGAAAACCAAUCACUUUCCUUGUUUGAAAGCAUUGAGGAUGAACUAAAACAUGUGAUAAUAGAGAGAGACCAACUCCAUGAAGAAGUUUGUGUCCUGAAUGAUAAGCUUGAGAUGGCUUAUUCCUUGGUCGAUGAAAAGGAAGCUAUUGCCAUGGAAGUGCGUCAGGAGUCCGAGUCUAGUAAGCUCUUUGCUGAGCAAAAGGAAGAGGAAGUCAAGAUUCUGGAACAUUCUAUUGAGGAGCUUGAGUCGACCAUAAAUGUUUUAGAGAAAAAGGUUCAUGAAAUGGAUGAGGAGGUGGGAAGACAUCGUUUAAUUAGUGAUUCACUUAGAAUGGAACUCCAAGCUUUGAACGAGAGAUUAUUGUUAGUUGACAAUAUUCCAUAUAAUGCUGAUUCAGAAAGCAUGAGUCUUCAAACUGAUCAACAGAUAUCUAGGCAACCCUGUAAAACACUGGAACUUCACGAGGCAUUAAAUCGGAUAAAGUUUCUUGAAAAGGAAAAUGCAGAACAAGAUAAAGAGAUCAAAAAGUGCAAAGAGUACAUCUCUGAAAUUGUGUUGCAUGCUGAAGCCCAAGCAUUACAGUACCAGCAGAAGUACAAGUGCCUGGAGUCCAUGUUCCGUGAAGUGAAAACAGAAAUGUCAAAUUCAAUGUCAACGGUACCAGCAUCAGAGAAAAUCGAGAAAAGCUCAGUAAGGACAAGAGGUUCAAGCUCACCAUUCAGAUGCAUUUCAAAUCUUGUUCAGCAGAUGAAUCAGGAGAAAGAUCAAGAACUAUCAGUUGCAAGGCUCCGUGCGGAAGAACUAGAAACACUGGCAGCUAGCCGGCACAAGGAGGUAUGCAUGCUACAAACAAGGUUGGCUGCCGCUGAAAGCAUGACACAUGAUGUCAUUCGGGACCUUCUUGGUGUCAAAUUGGACAUUACCGACUAUGCAAAUUUGAUAGAAGAAAAUCAAAUUGUGAAAUUAGUGGAAGAGGCUCACAAUCAAAGAGAAGAGUUCUUUGCAAAGGAAAAAGAGAAUCUCGAUCUAAGACUGCAGAUAAAUGAUCUCAUAGAAGAAAGGGAGAGCUGCAUAUCGGAACUGAAAACCAAAGAGGCAGAUAUACUUGCCACUCAGAUAGCAAUGCAGCAAUUGCAAGAGCGAGAUCAAUUGCUUUCUGCACAAAAUGAAAUGUUGAAGAUGGACAAGACCAAUCUCUUGAGGAAGGUUGCAGAAUUGGAUGACACGGUGAAAACACUAUUUGGGACGCGAAAUACCCAACCUGCCCCACAGUCGUCAUCUAAGACUAAGGACAAAGGUGCAUUAAAUAUGGGUAACGUUGGAUUUAGUAAAAGGGUGUCUCAACCCGAACGACGUCUUUCUCGUUUUAAUGACGAGCCUUCUCGUUACCGCAAAUUUGCUGGUAAUAGCAGUAAUUCACAAGGUUAAACUGUACAGAUACCCAAUGCACGCACGAGAGAGAGAGAGAGAGAGAGAUGAGCAUAAAUUUCACCAAAAGCAAAUGCCUAUUUGGGUUUUCCGUCACCUCGGGGAGCCAAUUAUGCUAUUAUUUGUUCAAUUUUUUAGUUGACACGUUCAAGGCUGUCAUCAUAAAUUUUGAACACUGCUUGAAUAGGCUUGUAACAAUGUUGUGCACUGAAUUACUUUUUCGAGUGGAACUUUAUCACAUGCUGUAAAGUGAACAAUCUAGUUUUCAAAUUACCUAUUUUAAUUUUUCAAGAAGUAAAUGACCUCUCAAGGAUUAA